CGGAUCAGCCGCAAAUGGAGAUUUCUCGUCAUACAUACCGUAUAGUUCCGUAAGAGGAAUACAGAGUGAGAAUAUCUUUAUUCCAUACCCAUGGAAUACGAAGACGGGCCUGAGAAGUGCGCUCGUAUUGCACCUAAGUUGACCGCCGGCAUUCACGAUGAUUAGGAAUUCGUGGGAAUCAUAUGGCUGUGUUGCAGCAAUCAAUCUCUACUUGAGACAGUGUCAAUAGAGGUCUAAUAGCUAUAUAGGUAGGUUAGUUUGAUGAGCUGCAUAUAAAGGUCGGUUGUCUUCCACGGAUCACUGAUAUUCACCUACUUGCAACAACACCAACGAUAUCAUCAUCAUAAUUAUCAUUAGUUUCGUAUAUCUCGAGGCGCAUUUACUACCUAACUAAGUCUUAAUAAAAUAAUCUUUAUUUACCCAAAGCAAAAGCAAAAUGUACGCUAUUAUUACCGCCGUUCUCGCUUUCGCUGGCGCUGCCGUCGCCGCCCCGGCUUUGGAGGAGCGUCAAACACACGAGUUUAGCCUUCGUGCCACGGACAAGCUUGCAGGCUGGGCUCUUAAGAACGCUCACGUCGCAGCCGGCGAAAACGUCAUCCAGAUCCAACGGCCUUCGGUUUACAGCUCGGACCCUUCCUACUUGAACGGAACCAACCUAUACUUUGAUCUUGGAACUACCCCCCCUUACGGAGUUCGCAUGCCCGAAGUGCCGGCCGGCACCGUCGGACAGGUCUACUCUGAGCCCGGAGAGAAAACCCCUGGUUUCGGUGUCGGACCCGACCACCUUCUCACGUUCAACUCUUUCCCCACAGGUUUCUGGGCAUGCCCUGUGAACGACGUGUUCGAGCUUUUCUACGGUGUUAACCCCGACCCGGCCAAUCUGCCGAGCAAGGACUGCCUCGCAAUUCAGUUGGCAGUUGGUGCUAUUUAGAUGGCAAUUGGUGACCUCACAGAUUUAUCUUGGGCUGUCAUUAGUUUAUUGUAGAUAUUAUAACUAGUUACUGGAAAAGAUAGUUGGAAUAAGCUUCUUGUUCGGAUACUUCACAAUCCACCAUAUAUAUAGAUAUUACGCAUAGAAAUUCAUAAGCCGUUUUAGUUGACUUUUAA